GAAAUAUCACUGACGUGUCCCCGUGCGAGGAUCGACUACGUACGUGUACUAUUCGCUUCGGUACGUCGCGAUAAUCUUGCGUCGCUCAUCAACGCGCCAAAUACUGCCAGUCAUAGGAGAGUCGUAGAAUCGAGCGAGCGAGCGGAACGAGCGUGUGCCUGUCACGUCGAUCGUCACGGAAGCGGAUCUACCUAGUCGAGAGAAGUAGUCGAGCCCCCAGCACAAUUAUGGCAACGGUCUUUAACACUUUCGUAAAUUCCUUCAGCAACACGCUAAACGCACCGGUCAGACAACACUUGAAGAAUGUCUACGGCUGCCUAUCCCUGUCCACGGUAUCUGCAGCCGUGGGAGCUUACGUGCACAUGUACACACAGCUCUUGCAGGCUAGUCUGUUGACAAGCUUUGGUACUUUGGCAGUUCUCAUCGCCCUGAUGACUACACCCGACAAUGGGAAAAAUCAGAAGUUACGUCUCGGCUAUCUAUUGGGAUUCGCAUUCCUAUCUGGUCUUGGUUUAGGCCCGUUGCUUGAAUUGGUGAUCAGCAUAGACCCGAGCAUAGUGGUAACGGCUCUGGUCGGAACGACGGUUGUUUUCGUCUCCUUCAGUAUCUCCGCGCUCUUGGCCGAACGCGGACGUUGGCUGUACCUCGGUGGCACUUUGAUGAGCAUGCUGAAUGUGAUGAUCCUGUUCUCCUUCGUCAAUCUGUUUCUGCGUUCGACUUUCAUCUACCAGACGCACCUGUAUCUGGGAUUGUUCGUCAUUUGCGGCUUUGUCAUUUACGACACCCAGUUGAUCAUCGAGAAGCAUCACAUGGGCAGCAGGGACUUUAUCAUGCACUCGUUGGACUUGUUUAUCGACUUUAUAGGGGUUUUCCGACAUCUUCUCGUGAUACUUACGCAAAAGGAAUUGUCCAAGGAUUCACGCAAGCGCAAAGAUUGAGCAAAAGUGAGCGACGGAGGGGGGAAAAAGAUGGGUGAUUGCGGUGUAUUCAAGUAAAUCCGUGGAACUAGAGGUCUUCAUGUAAAAAAAAAAGAAAAUCUAUCCAUACCUAGGUAUCUGUGUAUAUAUACAUACCGAAAAAGUUAUAUUAAACUUACACACACACAUACACACACACACACACACACACACACACACACACACACACACGUAUCACAUACACAUAACACCUCUUUAGUAAAGAUGAUAUACGAGACUACAUAUUUACCAUAAUAAAAGAAAAAAAUGUUACACAAUUUGUUUGCGAAAAAGAAGAAGAAAGAAGGAGAAAACUUUACUUCUAACGUCCAAUUAUAAAGCAUGCCGUGUUUAUUCUAAUCACACCUCUGAGUUAAUCUCCAUCAGAUUUGUAUGCGUACAUAUAGAUAUAUAAAUUAAUUGUAUUAUAUUUUCAACUUUCAAUAAAUGAACUUUC